AUGCCACCCUUACUAACGUACGACGCUAAGGACGACACUCUGCAGAUGAUGGCGGCUAUAAGAGACUCUAUCAGGACGGACUCAGAUACCGGGAUGACCGUUAAUGGCCUGAUUGGACGCGGGAACGCGCUAAGAGUCAUGAUCGUUGGAGAUUCAAUGACGCAAGGUCAAGAAGGUGACUACACCUGGCGUUAUCGUAUCUGGCAAUGGUUCAAGGAACAGGGAGUUGCUGUCGAUUUUGUCGGACCGUACACCGGCACAGUUCAACCUGACCAUCCGGCAGCACCGGCAGUACCUGCUUUGUACGGGCAAAAGCCAUUACCUGGAAAGCCAAAGACGAGCGGUGGCUAUGCUGCCGACGUCUCCCCGGACUUUGAUAAAGACCAUUUCGCGGUUUGGGGUCGUGCAGCAGCUGUUGAUAAGGGGUUGAUCUAUGAUGUGCUCAGCACGUACCCUGCAGAUUUGAUGCUCCUGAUGCUGGGCUUCAAUGAUAUGGGAUGGUUCUACAGUGACUCUGGAGGUACUCUGGAUAGUAUCCACACUCUUGUUACCAACGCUCGCUCUGUUAACCCAAAGCUUAAAUUUGCCAUUGCUAAUGUACCGCAACGAAGCUUCAUUGGAGGCCGAGAGGAUCUUCCGGUCAGUACCAAUAUCUAUAACGCCCUGUUACGCGACUCAAUCCCGAAAUGGAGUACAGCCGAUUCCUCAAUCUCUCUUGUCGAGCUACAGGAGAAUUACGACUUGAAAGACUUCAAGAUUGGAAACUCCCCAUUAUCUAUCCCUGAUAAUCUACCUGGCAGACCACUCUCUGUACCGUCCAAUUUUAAAGUCUUUACCAGCGCCACGGGAGUAACAGCUACAUGGGAUCCAGUCUAUGGAGCAUACAGCUACGAUGUUCAGUCUCGCAUUCAAGGUGGCAUCCCCAACUUUUCGCCAGGGAGUGUCUCUACACCGCGAUGGGACUCGACCUGGCCCAUUGACGGCUGGGUGUAUGAGGUUAGGGUCCGUGCUAGCGCUGGGGACAAUUUCAAAGGAGACUGGACAUCAGUACUGUCUGCAACAGCGCAUCCUCAGACUGCGGCGGCUCCCCGUAAUGUAGUUGUUAAAGCUACUACAACUGGUUUUGACAUCUCUUGGGAUCCUCCCACCGGCGCUUAUACUGAUUCUAUUAUCGAGUAUAAUGUACUUUACUGGGACAAAUCCGUGGAUUGUACCUUUAUCACAGGGGGGGCGUUCACCGGAACCUCGGGGCACAUUGACAAUCUCAAGUCGGGGCAUUAUUAUUUCAUAGCCAUCGAAACGUGGAAUUCUGCAGGUGAAGGGUUCCCAGCAAUUGUUACCGGCGUUGUGCCUGGCGCUGGGACUCCAGCCCCGCCGGCUGAUUUGAAAAUAUUUGCCAAUGAUCCAACAACGGUCCAUAUGACGUGGGGCAAAUCGGCAAACGCAGCUGGAUAUCGUCUUUGGAAUAGAAAUGUGCACGACAGCACAAGCGUGCUUACUGCGCAAAACGGCACGGUCGAAACUACCUGCAGCGAUCAAUACUUUCUCUUCCCGGGAACUUGGAAUUAUGAGUGGUGCGUUAGCGCUUUCAAUGGUGAUCUAGAAUCUGAAAGGGGAGCCUGUGUUUUGGCCCCUUCUCCGACUGCCGGAGGGAGCGCAGCGCAGACCUGUCCUCCUCCACCCGCUUGGUGUCCGAAUGGCGGCGGAGCUGGGGACGGGGGAAGUGGAGGCGGUGGCAGUGGCGGCUCCACAAGCCCCCCUACCCCUGCGGGCGAUGCACGGGUCUUCUGUGCGCCUCCUUUGGCUGCACCGGGACUGGGUGUCUCAACGGUGUUUGUACGGGUCCAAGUGAUUGCGUUGUCCGCGGGUGCAUUGGGCCAGGCUGCCCACAAUGUGGCAGUGAUGGGAAGUGUAGUGGUGACCGUUGCAUCGCUUUGGGGUGCUCUGGAUUGGACUGUGGGAAGGAUGGCGUUUGCCAUGGUCCCAACUGCUGGGAGGGAACUUGCAGCGGUUCUGGAUGCGUCUCAGGCGCUUGUACAGGAAGUUCCUGCACCAGCUAUGAUGGGUGUACAGGUGCCGACUGUUCUACUGGAGGUGGGGGCAGUUGCACAGGAGACGACUGCAGUAGUUGUACAGGGCAAGGCUGCGAGGACGGAAAGUGUACUGGAGAUGACUGCAACGCAUGCAAAGGGAAGGACUGUCAUGAUGGGCGCUGUAUCGGAGACGACUGAAUACACUGUGCCUGCUCUCACGGACACUGCGGUUGUAAAGGCCCACACUGCACUGCGUGUUCUGGCUUGGGAUGUAGCUGCUCAGGCCUUCUGGGACUGUUCUGCAAAUGCAUUUCUUCUGGCUGUACCGGUUGCUCUGGGGCUGGGUGUGGCUGUCUGGGAUCCAGUUGCGGUUGUUCGGGCCCUAGUUGCAGCAGCUGCAGUGGAAAUGGAUGUACUUGCUACGACCCUGAAGGUUCGUGACGGCAACGAAUUGCAAGGUGGGCUGCUCAGUCACGAACUAUGGCGAUACUUCACGUACAACAGCAUGUUUCACAACCGAAUGCUCCACCACGCUCGGCUGCGAAACCAAGGGCACAACAGCGACCACAGCAACAACAACGAAUCUCUGCCCACUGCCAACAGACAAUGCACCACGAGCGGCGAAGGGACUACAACGACGCAACCAUCAACCACUACCUCUUCCCAGCCGUCCGGCACAACUUCUAUACCUAUACCAACAGUCAGCGACCCAGGUUCAUUCCCCGUUUAUUGCUUUAAUGACCAUAAUGACGGCUCGUUCGCGUCGUUCGACACCGCCUCAGUCAGUUCAGCAGUAUCUUCGCUGUGCGGAUCCGGCAACACUCUGAACCCUCAAGGUCCCCCUUACAACUAUGUCUACUCUGGCCAAGCGGGAAUUAAUGUCAUCGCCUCUUUGCAAUGGGCAGAUAAUCAAUCUGGAUGCCACCCUGAGAAGGGAGUGAAGCUAGUAAAAGACAAAUGUACAAGUGCAUACCAAAAGAUUGUCUCUAAAUGCGAUAAAGGGAAUGCUGAUAAAUACGGCGGUGCCUUUAUUGUGUCGUCUGACGAUGGCUGCAUCCAGUGGAUGGUUUAUGCGCAGAAAGCGGAAAAUAAAUGCAGUUGUAAUGAGAAUGGAUGCACACCCGAGAGCCCAGCUUGCUGUGCUAGUGGCACAUGUGGAACAGAUCAGCAGGUAACCCUUGCAAGGGUUCAAUUCAUUGCUCCGAGUGAGGUGGAUACACUAUUUAGUUCACGGUUGAGCUCGCUUUUGGAAGUGGGAAACCGGUCAACGCCCAUUCCUUAG